AUGUCUGAAGAUUAUAGAUUGACACUGGUCUCAGGUGGUCAACCGUUGCCUCAAGGUGCCACCUUCACAGCUGAUGGUCGUCACUAUAUCGUUCCUUUCAACAAUCAACUAAAAGUUUACUUUAUUUCAACUAGACAAUGCAUUAGAUCUCUAAAAUUCAACAAGGUCAACAACAUAAGCUUUGAGGAUUUGGUUGGUUUGAAAUUGGAUACCCAAGAUCAAAACCUUAUAUGGGCUUUCUUGGCUAAUGGUGAAGUGUUGAUAAUAAAUUGGAAAGAAAAAUUGAUUAACCCAAUAAUUAAAAGAUUUAAUCUUGAAAAGGCUAAAGAUGAUUCCAUUUUACACAUUAUAGAAUUCACAAAUGAAUCAUUCACAGUCGUGACUGGUAAAGAUUCAAAUAAACCUCAUACUAGAAACAUUAUCAAAUAUACUCAAGUUUCAGAAUCAUCUGAAAAUUAUACAUCAUCAUCAUUAUCAACUAUUAGAAAUGUUAUAUUAUACAGCAACUCCAAGGGUUUAACCAAAGUUGUCAUGUUGAGUAAAAACACUAGCCAAAGAGUUUUCACUACAAUAGAUUUAACUAAACCUGAAGAGAAGAAAACUAUUGAAUUCCCAUAUAAAUCAUAUAUUAGUACAUUAGCCAUCUCAAAUGAUGGAACUAUAGCAGCUGGUACUUCAUCAGGUGUUAUCCAUUUACUAUAUGAAAAUGCUUCACGUAUCUUAAAAUGGCAUAUAGAUCAAGUUAAUUCUUUAUCUUUUUCAAUAGAUUCAAAUUAUUUGUUAUCAGGUGGUUCAGAAAGAGUCUUGGUGUUUUGGCAAUUAGAUACUGAAAAGCAGCAAUUUUUACCAAGAUUAAAUGGUGAUAUCGUUAAAAUUGAUUCUCAACAUGAAGAAUAUUAUACCUUAACUUUGAAGCUCGAUAAUCAAAAUCAUUAUGAAAUUUUAUUGUUAUCUUCAUUGGAUUUACAAUCAAGAUUAUCAGUUACUGGUCCAAGACAAGAUUUCAAUUCAGAUUUAUCAAAUUUGAAAAAAUUGUUCAAAUCAUAUCAAAAACAAUCAAAUACUGAUGUUACUAAAUUAAAAUAUGAUUUCACAAGUAAUUUCAAAAUCCAUCCAACUUCAAAACAAUUAUAUUUUAUAAAUGGUGCAAAUUUACAAGUUUUUGAUUUUUUCAAAAAUGAACAAUUUCUCAUUCAAAAAAUCGCAGAUACUUUACAAACUGGUAAAGUUAGAUCAGAACAUAAAUUAUUGGAUCCAGUGAUUAAACAAUUUAGCUUCACAAAUGAUGGUAAAUGGAUGGCUACAGUGGAGGAACAUCAUCAUGGUGAAAUUGAUAAUUUAUUAUCCAAGAAUGAUUUGACUUAUGUUUUGAAAAUUUGGAAAUUUGUUGAAUCUCAAGCAAAAUCAACAACUAGUAACAUUUCUAUUUCAAAUUCAUGGGAAUUAGUCACCAAGAUUAUUAAUCCUCAUGGAUUACAUGUUCCAAUCAUUUCAAUACUUCAAGCACCAACAUCAUACUUCAAAGGUGUUGCAUUUUUAACUGCUGAUAAUAACGGUGGUGUGAGGCUAUGGAGAAGUAAUGGUAAUGGUGAACGUAUUAGUUGGUCAUUAAGAAAAUUGAAACCAAGUAGUAAUUUAUAUUCAAACUCUGUCAGUUUAGCAUGGUCAAAUGAUUCAAGUUUAAUCUUUUUAGGGUUUGAAGAUUCUAUUAUUCCAAUUGAUACAAAUACUUUUGAAGAAAUUGAGUCAUCAGAGAUUGGUGUUUUACAGAAUAUAAGUGGAUCAAGAAUAAAAUAUCUUGAUAUUGUGGAUAAUAAUUUGAUUGUCUUAUCCAAGACAACAUUGAAAUCAAUCAAUUUGUUAAAUAUGCAAGAAAAUGAUUUAGUUUUAAGUAUAAACCCACCAAAGAAUGGUGAGAAUUUAAUAACAACCAAUCAAUCUAAAAAUUUGAUAGCUGUUGCAGUGAAUUAUUAUAAUCAAGAAUCAUCAAAACUAAACUCCAAAAUUUUCAUUUUUAAGCCAUACACCAAAAUUCCUGUGUUUAUAGGUGACCAUGAUGAUUACAUCACUUCUAUACAAUGGAACCUUGAAAAUGACUUCAUCUUUAUAGAUAUGAAGUCAAGAAUCGGUAUUGUUUCAAAUUCAAAGAUUUCCGAUGAUGUUGAAGUUUCACAAGUUGAUUAUGCUCAAGAAAUGAGUGUUUUGUUACAAAAUGCACAAUCCUCAAGUGAGAUUUACAAACAAAAUGAUGAUGUUGAUAACACUGGUGAAAUUAAUGGUUAUACUAAAUCUCUUGAUGUCAAUUCAUUUAGUAAUUUGUAUGAGAAUUUGGAUAGUAUUCAAUUGGAAACAUUGUUUGAUCGUGUGAUGCAAGUUAUCUAUUGA